CAAAUCGCACGUGCAUGUUGUGUUCUGUUCAAAUUGUGCAACAAACAGAAACUUGUUGAUUAACAUUUUACAAAGAAAUCUCUUACAAUGGAAAUCAAAGCAUUAGCAACUGUGUUAGUUUUUGUGACGGUGUUUGAAAAUGGAGCGACAUUAUAUUGUCGCAAUUGCCUAAGCAGUAAGAGCUUCGACGAAUGCGAAAAAAUGGGAGAUAUAGUGCAAUGUAAUUCCACAAUCGUCAACCAAAACCAUGAAAAUUUCAAAAAUUACAACCCAGGCCUAGAGCAAGGAAACUGGACGGAUUUUAAAUGCUACCGGAUACAGGUUGCAGUACUGUUUCCCAACAAUACAGACAGCGGAAAUCGCGGUUACUCCCGAGGAUGCACUUUCAACAAUACCAACUUUUGCAGCGGAUGGAGCAGCCAACUGAACGUAACCAGCUGCGGAACAUGUUUAACCGACAACUGUGACGCGUAUCCCAUAGAACCAACGCAAGCUCCCGGCCAGUCCACUGUAUCCCCAAUCGCCACGACGCCACAGGGGACAACGUCCAGCAAUAUCCCUACUCAGCAGAGCACAGUUCCUGGUGUCGCUACUACUACCACGAAAAAACCAUCCAGCGGAGUUCUGCUGCAAGCGAGUGUUGCUACUCUAGCAAGCAUGGGAGUUUUACUCAUUAUAGCAAGUCGAUGAAACCGUACAAACCGGUACCAUCUUUAUAGGAAAUAAUAGUGUACAUAACAUAUUCAGAAAUAUAUUUACAUUCCUCCAGAGGGUUUCAAUAGUGUACAUAACAUAUUCAGAAAUAUAUUUACAUUCCUCCAGAGGGUUUCAAUCAAAACGGAAACGUAGUAUCGUAUCUAAUGAUAAAGAGAGGGCAAUAAUCAAAAGCAGACAAUAGACACAAGUACUUUGUAGCAGGCUCGCAUCGCAACGAGAACAUCGAUUAUUAACUGGCUUGGAUUGUUGUGUAGCUUGGAAAAUA